AUGACGGCGGAGACCCACCUGCAGGGCGUGGAGAUCUCGGCCGCCCAGUUCUUCGAGAUCUGGCACCACUACGACUCCGACGGCAAUGGGUUCAUGGACGGGAAGGAGCUACAAAACUUCAUCCAGGAGCUCCAGCAGGCACGGAAGAAGGCAGGCUUGGAUUUAACACCUGAAAUGAAAGCUUUUGUGGACCAAUACGGGAAAUCUACUGAUGGAAAAAUAGGUAUAGUUGAGCUUGCUCAGGUAUUGCCAACGGAAGAGAAUUUCCUGUUGUUCUUCAGAUGCCAGCAGCUAAAGUCAAGUGAAGAUUUCAUGCAGACAUGGAGGAAAUACGACAGCGACCACAGUGGCUUCAUUGAUUCUGAGGAACUUAAGAGCUUCUUGAAAGAUUUGUUACAGAAAGCAAAUAAGCAGAUUGAAGACUCAAAGCUAACGGAAUACACAGAAAUAAUGCUCAGGAUGUUUGAUGCAAACAAUGAUGGAAAGUUGGAGCUUACUGAACUGGCCAGACUGCUCCCUGUACAGGAAAAUUUUCUUAUUAAAUUUCAGGGUGUCAAAAUGUGUGCAAAAGAAUUCAAUAAUGCCUUUGAGAUGUAUGAUCAAGAUGGCAAUGGCUAUAUAGAUGAAAAUGAACUUGAUGCCCUACUGAAGGAUCUCUGUGAAAAGAACAAAAAGGAAUUAGACAUUACCAACCUUGCAACAUACAAGAAAAGCAUCAUGGCCUUGUCUGAUGGAGGAAAGCUUUACCGAGCAGAAUUGGCUCUUAUUCUCUGUGCUGAGGAAAACUAG